AUGGCCGACGACGCCGCGCGCCUCACGCUAGAGCGCCGUGUCGCCGCGUUCACUCCGGAGGAUCGUCAAGAGGCAGCUCGCCAAGAGGCUGCGCGCCUGGAGGCCGCGCGUCUCGAGGCCGAGCGCCAAGAGGCCGAGCGCCUGGAGGCCGAACGCCGCGACGCCGAUGCCCACGCCCUGGUGCUCGCCGGCGAGGUAGCAGCAGCCACUGCCGCUCUCCAUGCCCAGGCAGCGGCCAUCCUCAACAUCAAGUCCCUCGUGCCGGUCAUCCUCGACCUCACCUCGCCCCACUUCAACCGGUGGCGUGGCCUCUUCCUCAACACGCUCGAGCGCUACGCACUCGCGGACCACGUUCUCUCCAAUGAUGAUCGCUCCGACGACGUCACUUGGAAGCGCAUGGACCGCGUCGUCCUCUCGUGGCUCUACGGGACGAUCACCGCCGAGCUUCUCGAGGUGGUGAUGAACCGUGAGGAAGGGCCGCCAACGGCUCGCAUCGUCUGGUUGGGACUGGAGCAGCAAUUCAUCGACAACAAGGAGACUCGUGCGCUCCUCCUCGACGCCGAGUUUCGCACCUUCGUCCAGGGCGAUCUCUCCAUCGACGACUACUGCCAUCAACUCAAGGCGAUGGCCGACCAGCUUGCCGAUCUUGGCGAGCCCGUUCGGGACCGCACACUCGUCCUCAACGUCCUUCGCGGCCUCAACGACCGCUUCGCUCAUUUGGCGGCCUUGAUCCAGUGCCAACGGCCGUUACCGAUGUUCAUCGAGGUGCGCUCUGACCUCCGCCUCGCCGAGAUCACCAUGAAGGCCAAGCAAGGGUCUCCGGCGCAGGCCCUAGCAGCCUCCACUCCUCGUGCCCCACCUCCGACAUUCUACAACCCCGUCGCCGGCAGCAACUUCGGCAAGAAGCCAACACGUCGCGGUGGUGGCAGCGGCAAGAAGUCUGGUGCUGCUGGCGCUGGUCCAGCCUUCCCAGGCGCUCCGUGGGCUACCCAGGCGCAGUGGCCCACUCCGCCUCCACCUGGCUGGCAGCCCGCCUACGACACCUUUCAGGCCUACUAG